AUGGGUGUUCAUUCAUUAUGGCAAAUAGUUGGCCCCUCAGCAAGACCAGUUAGAUUAGAAGCAUUAUCGCGAAAGAAACUAGCCAUUGAUGCGUCCAUUUGGAUUUAUCAAUUUUUAAAAGCCGUGCGUGACAAAGAUGGCAAUUCUUUAUCAUCAUCUCAUAUUGUCGGAUUUUUCAGAAGAAUUUGUAAAUUAUUAUAUUUUGGAAUACUUCCUAUAUUUGUAUUUGAUGGAGGUGUACCAGCACUUAAAAGGAAAACUAUUGUCCAAAGAAAGCAACGUCGAGAGAAACAUUCAAUGUCGACUAAAGAUACUGCUCAAAAAUUGCUUGCGAUUCAAUUACAGAGAGAGGCUGAAAAGACAGUAAAGACAAAAAAACGCAUGAUUCAGAUUGGUAAUAAUGAUGACUAUGAUGAUGAAGAUGUUGAAUUCCUUGAAGAUUUACCGGUCAAUAAUACAACUAAUUCUAAUACAACUAUAAAAUUCCGCAAGGAUGAUGAAUAUCAUUUACCAAAUUUAACAGAAUUUCGAGUAUUGAAGAAGGAUGGAAGAGUGAUGGCUGAUGAUGAAUUGGCUGAAUACUAUGAAGAUUUUGAUCAUGUUGAUGGUAUAAAUAUUAAUGAAAUUGAUCCAAAAUCAAAAGAAUUUGAAGAGUUACCAAUUGCUACUCAAUAUAUGAUUUUAUCACAUUUAAGAUUGAAAUCAAGAUUAAGAAUGGGGUAUAGAAAAGAUCAACUAGAAGAGUUAUUCCCAGACAGUAUGGAUUUUUCAAAAUUUCAGAUUCAACAAGUGCAAAAGAGAAACUUCUAUACACAAAAAUUAAUGACCGUUACCGGGAUGGAUGCUGAUUCCACUGUGUCUAAACGAAUAGCUGGUGAUUCUGAUAAAAGGUACACUUUGCUUAAAAAUGAAGAUGGUUGGACCCUUUCCUUAGAUGGCGAUAAAAAUUCCAAAAUAACAGAAUCUACAAACGAUGACGAUGUUGAUAAUGAUGAUGAUGAUAUUAUCCAAGUAAUUUCUUCAAAAGCAACAUCAAAACCUGAGAAUGAUGAUAGUGAUAGUGAUUCUGAUUUUGAAGAUAUACCACUAGAAGAGAAAGAAGAAACUGAAGAAGAAAAGAAUUACCAGAAAGCAUUGAUUGAAUCUAUUUAUGAUCAAUUCAAACCAGCUCUGGUACCACCUAAUCCAACAUUGACCAUUGAUGGGUACGAUGAAGAUGAAUUAAAACAAGCUGUGGAAAAAUCUAAACACGACUAUUUUCAAUUGAAACAAAAGGAAGACCAACAAGAACUAAAAGAAGCUGAAGAAGAUGAAUUUGAUUUGGGGCCGUCGAUUUUAUUUACUGAUAGCUCGACACUGCACAAAGAUCCCGGACCAGUGGUGGAAUUGUCCGAGAAUUCUGACACUAUCCCAAAAUCUGGUAAACCUGCUAGUCUUGGUGCGUCUUUUCUAUUCAAUCCUGAUGACCAUAGCACGGGUAAAGUUGAGAUCAAGAAAGACCAUAAAGUAUUUGAACCAGAGGAUAGUGAUGAAGAAUUGCUUGUUGUAGAUAAACAGCAACAUGUGGAUGAAUUACCUGAAUCUACAAAACCAGCAGGGCAACAGACACUUCCAGAUUGGUUUCAAGAUGAUAUUAGAAGGACAUUGAAUCCUCAUAAUGAAAAAUUUAUUCCUACAAAAUCAUAUGAGAAAAAAAAUCAAAAUGAUAUACGAAAAGAACAAGAAGAUCUUGGCUUAAUUUCAUGGCUGGAAGCUAGAGAAUAUUUAAAUGAAGAAAAUCAGGAACCGGUAGAGGAAUAUCCUGAGACUACCAUAGACCAAGGUGUACAGCCUUUAGAAGAUGAACCAGUACCAACUGAGGAAGUGGAAGAGGAGCCACAUGAACCUCAGCGUAAAGCUGCUGUUAUAGAUUACCAAUUUGAGGAGGAAGAGGAAGAAGACUUGGUGAGACAAUUACAACAGGAAAUAAUGGAUCAUGAGAGUCUCAAGACUCGUAUUAAAACAACCCAUACAGCCCCUAUUUCAUCAAUUGAAACGAGGGUAACUGAUGAACAGUUACUUCGAGAAAAAUUACAAAAGGCAAAACGUGAUUCUGAUGAAGUUACUGAAGCUAUGAUUAAUGAUGUUCAAGAAUUACUUCGAAGAUUUGGUAUUCCUUUUAUUACUGCUCCCAUGGAAGCAGAAGCUCAAUGUGCUGAGCUUUUUAGAAUUGGAUUAGUUGAUGGGAUUGUCACAGAUGAUAGUGAUUGUUUUUUAUUUGGAGGUGACAAGAUUUACAAGAAUAUGUUUGAUCAAAAACAAUAUGUUGAAUGUUAUAUGCAAGAUGAUCUUUCUACAAAAAUGGGACUAACCAGGAAGAAGCUAAUUGAAUUGGCAUUAUUGUUGGGAAGUGAUUAUACUGAAGGGAUAAAAGGUAUAGGGCCAGUUUUAGCUAUGGAAAUCCUUGCUGAAUUUGGUGAUUUAAAAAAAUUUAAGCAAUGGUUUGAUCAACAUACCAAGUCACAAGUCGAUAAAUCAAAUCCAACAACAUUGCAAAAGAAUUUAUUAUCCCGUAUCAAAAAGGGAAAUCUUUACUUACCGGAUAGUUUCCCGGACGCUAUUGUUGAAAAUGCUUAUUUAAAUCCCGAAGUUGAUUCAGAUAAAACAAAAUUCAAAUGGGGAGUACCUAAUCUUGAUCAGAUUAGAUCAUUUUUGAUGUUUAAUGUAUCAUGGUCUCAAACUCAAGUUGAUGAAGUCAUGGUACCAUUAAUUAGAGAUAUGAAUAAAAGGAAAUCGGAAGGUACACAAUCUACAAUUGGUGAAUUUUUCCCACAGGAAUAUAUACUGACUAGGAAAGAAUUGAAAUUGGGUAAAAGAAUGAAAACAGCAGCCAGCAAGUUAAAGAAAAAGUGA